GUUCCUCAAUCGACCAAACCAUUUCCCCCCUUCAUUCACUCACUUUCAGAGCCAGCGCCGGGUCGCAUUCACUCUCGUUACAACUCACGAAGUUCCAAGAAAACCGCACAGCACACGGCAAGAGUGCACACCAUCCGCUCAGUGUCCGCUCCACGCUGUUCACGAAUUGUUCUCUGAUCACAAAGCAACCACAAUCGCCAUGCGCUUCCAGUCUCUUCCUGCUCUGGCAGCGCUUGUGCCUCUGGUUGCUGCAGACUGGUUGAUCAAAUCACCAGCCGCUGGCGUGCAACUUACUGCCGGAGUUCCCAUAGUCGUCACCAUCGACGACUCAAGGGCCGCUCCACCGAUCUCGACAUUCUCAACAUUCACACUAGAAUUGAUCCAGGGUGGACAAGAUGAGGGAACUGGUCAGAAAAUGAUCACUCAGUUUGCCGGCGCAGCAGCGUUUCCGGAAAAUCGCCAAAUAACAGGUGUCGUACCUCUUGUUGCGACUUCCGAUCUGGCGAACUCAUUCUUCUUCAAACUCACAUCAUUCGCGGCAACCGGCGGCGGUUCAUACGUCAAUUGGUCUAACCGCUUCAGCAUCACUGGGUUCAGCGGUGGACCGCCUCUUGAUCCAGCUGUUAUUGCGGCCGUGACAGCGCUCGGCGGCGCGACAGCAGGACCAGACGCGAUCAACAGACUAGGACAGGGAGGCGCACCUGGCGGCGAUGUCUUUGACAUUCCAUUCAACCUACAGACCGGACUGACAAAAUACGCGCCCAUGCAACCCAUCCCGCCUACCAAGAUCACGGCUAAGGUUUUCAAGCCAUUGUUCCCGACCAGUGCGUAUAGCAUCGCAAAGACAUUCCUCCCGCUCCCCACCGUCCAGAAGACGGUGACACAACCACAGACUUUCUCCGCCUCAAGUAUUGAGAAUCCCGCCGCUCCGGCAUCGAUGCCUACCGAUAUGGCCAAAUACCUCAAGCGCUGGCAGGACUAGUGCGAGAGUAAGCAUCGGG